AUGGCAACCAACGUACCUAUUAACUACGAUAUGUUGAGGCGACUGCGAGUAGCCGACUAUAUCACUCUUUCCAAUGGCUUUUGCGGAGUUCUCGCCAUUUUCUGCGCGAUACAGAAGUCGCUGUUGGCGGCGCACUUACUCAUUUUUCUCGGCUAUGAGUUUGAUCGCUUCGAUGGAAUAGUUGCGAGGGCCAGGAAUGAAUGUUCGGAAAUGGGCAAACAAUUGGAUAGCUUCUGUGAUUUGGUCUCCUUUUGCGUGGCUCCGUCAGUCAUGGUCUAUUCCGCUGGCUUUGAUACGGUGGCCGAUCAGCUAGCUUUGGCUUUCUUUGUCUGUGCAGGCGUUGCCCGCCUCGCAAGAUUUAACAUCGCUGCGCACUUGGUGCCCAAGAGUGAUCAGGGCAAAGCGAUGUACCAUGAGGGCCUUCCUACAGCAUAUGCGGCUCUUCUCAUUUCUACAGCUGUUGCUGUUGCAGAGUGGACAGACUGUCUGGCAAGCUUGACUUCUGGCUCUCAUUAUCCAGUCAUUGUUGUUGUGCUCAUUUUCAGUGCCGCUAUGGUUAGCAAGCGGUUGCACCUAUACAUUGAUGGAGCCUACAGCAUCCCCGCUGUAAGCAUGUUGGUUUUUGCAGGGUGCUGGUCGCACUCACCGAUGCCAACUAGGACUCUGCUAUGGUGA